AAAGUAGCAAGUUGUCAGAGGAGGCGCGUAACCCGGGAACACUAGUAUACAUCCAAUAAAUCCACUUUAUAGCGAAGUUCGCUUUUAACCCGUGUAGCCUACAGCGGACACGUCAAGAUAUAGACUUAAAGCAUUCACAAUGAAGUCUCCAAAAAUGAAAUCUCCGAGCAAAUCACAAUUUAUUGAAGAAGACGACGAUCUUAAUGCUGUGCUGUGCGAGUUCGACGCAGUAAUUGAGGACUUUACGUCUCCCAUGGAAAAGAGACAUUUCAGAUACGAAGAACAUUUAAAAACUGUGAAAAGGCGGAGUAGCGCCAGCGUCAGCGACAGCGGCAUCAGCGAUUCAGAAAGUGCAGAGUCCCUCAACAGAAACAGUCUCAGUUUCAGUGAUGAGAAGCUCAAUUCCGCCAGCCCGGUGUUCUCUCCUACACCCACCUGUCUGAUGUCUAGAGCAAAACUUGGUGACACUAAAGAACUGGAGGACUUUAUUGCUGACCUUGACAAGACAUUAGCAAACAUGUGACCUGGAGCCAGGGCUGGGGGAUACACACUCCAGGAAGUGUGAGCAGGGCCAAACCUUGUGGUUCAACAAGAUCCAAGAUGUGGUAUAGCAUCCAGACUGACCACUCUGGCCACUGCCCUGCAUGGCACUUCUUAAAAAUAUAAUAUUAUUUAAAUGGCUUAUUAUACUUGUAAAUUUGUAGAGCUGUUUAUUGUAAAUUUUAUCGAUACGUCUUUUGUGAAAUAUAUUUUUGUAUUUGAUGUAAAUAUGGAUUUAGAUUUUAUUGCCUCUGUAUAAAUAGCUUAAUAUUGCUUGUUUUACUUAAAUUCUUAAAUUGGAUUUUUUGGUGUUUUUAUGACUGUAAAUUUAGAGUCCGAAUUCACAACCUGGUAACUGGAAAGCAGACAGUAAUGACAUACAAUCUAUUUAAUGUUAAAAUAUUCAACAUUGUAUUUAAACAAACAUUGACAAAACUCAUUACCCAAUAACUGGAAAGUAUAGCCCCCUUAAUAUAAUAUAUACAUUUAUAAUCAACUUCCUUAAAGGGAAACCUAAAGCCUGAAAGCUAUUCUUUACCAGCCUUUGGUGGUAAAUUGUUCUAUCCACUCACAAUACAAUUAAAACAAUCAAAUUCAAUUAAAUUAAUAGAUUUAUCUCACUGGGGCAGUCGCAACCAUUCUCAAUGAAGUUGUCAUGCAUAGCUAAGUAAAAUAUGCAUGUUUCAGGUGCAAGACAUGAAUGUGAUUUAUGUAAUUUUACCUGCAUGAACUCAUGUCAGCACAUUACCACUAUCACAUACUUACAAAUUAUUGUGGUUUUAUCUGUUUUAUCAUUUUGAUUAUUUUGCUUCAAUGAUAAAUAAAUUGUUCACUGAAAAGAAGAAA